AUGCUGUGUGGACACCUGGGCCGGUUUUGCGAGAAGCUGGUGCGCAGGCGGCCCCUGGAGCGGAGGGAGGGGUCUGGCGGCGGCCUGGCCCGGUGCCUGAGCACCCUGGACCUGGUGGCCCUCGGGGUGGGCAGCACCCUGGGGGCUGGAGUGUACGUCCUGGCCGGGGAGGUGGCCAGGGACAAGGCCGGGCCGGCCAUCGUCCUCUGCUUCUUGGUGGCCGCCGUGACGUCCGUGCUGUCUGGGCUGUGCUACGCGGAGUUCGGGGCGCGGGUGCCCUGCUCCGGGUCUGCCUAUCUCUACAGCUACGUCACCGUGGGACAGCUGUGCGCCUUCGUCACCGGGUGGAACCUCAUACUCUCCUAUGUCAUCGGCAGCGCCAGUGUGGCCAGGGCCUGGAGCUCCGCCAUCGACAGCCUGACCGGGCACCACAUGUCCCGGGCGCUGCAGGAGAGCGUGCCUCUGCGUGUGCCCUUCCUGGCCAGCUACCUGGACUUCUUCUCGCUGGGCCUGGUGCUGCUGCUCACAGGUGUCCUGGUCCUGGGAGUUCGUGAGUCGGCCCUGGUUACCAAGAUAUUCACGGGCGUGAACCUCUUGGUUCUUGGCUUCAUCGUCCUCUCUGGCUUCAUUAAUGGACGUCUGCACCGCUGGCAGCUCACGGAGCAGGACUACGAGCUGACCAAAUCUGAGUCCAAUGGCACCUUGAGCCUGGGCCCUCUGGGCUCCGGGGGGUUUGUGCCUUUUGGCUUUGAGGGGGUUCUCCGCGGAGCAGCCACGUGCUUCUAUGCGUUUGUUGGUUUUGACUGCAUCGCCACUGCAGGGGAAGAAGCCCGCAACCCUCAGCAGGCCAUCCCCCUGGGCACCGUGAUCUCGCUCUUCAUCUGCUUCUUGGCGUACUUUGGGGUCUCGGCGGCGCUCACCCUCAUGGUGCCCUACUACCAGAUCAACUCCGACAGCCCCCUGCCAGAGGCCUUCCUCCACGCGGGCUGGCCCUGGGCCAGAUACGUGGUGGCUGUGGGGACCCUGUGUGCCCUGUCGUCCAG